UUGGACCCUAUUUUAAGAAAACUUGAUAUAAAAUUUUAAAUUCUUAGUACUUGUACAUCUCUCUCUCGAGUAUAUCGGAGUGUUGAAAAUAACACUGAAAAUGGGGGACGCAUCUGAACUCAGCAAGGAACAAAUUGCAUUACUUAAGGGUGCAUUUGAUACUUUUGACGUUGAAAAGAAAGGCAGCAUAGGAACAGUUAUGGUAGGAACGAUUCUUGGUAUGCUCGGUGUUCAAACCACCGAAUCGACUUUGAAGGAAAUCAUAGACGAAGUAGACGAAGAUGGAUCUGGAGAACUAGAAUUCGACGAAUUUAUCAUAUUGGCUUCAAGAUUUAUGGUCGAGGAAGAUGCCGAAGCGAUGCAGCAAGAACUCAAAGAAGCAUUUCGUUUGUAUGACAAAGAAGGUAAUGGUUAUAUAACUACCUCAACAUUAAAAGAAAUACUUAAAGAGCUUGACGACAAAAUUACCAAUGAAGAGUUAGAUAUGAUGAUCGAAGAAAUUGAUGCCGAUGGAUCUGGAACUGUGGAUUUUGAUGAAUUCAUGGAAGUUAUGACAGGAGGUGAUGAUUGAGGAGCUUUAGAAACAAAUUUACAUCAAACAUAUAUCUGAAGUAUAAAUUACAUCUAGAAUAAAUAAUAAAUUUUACUCUA